AUGUCUGCGCAAGACGGACCGCAGGAGGAUGUGUACGCUACACUCCUUCUAAGCGAUACAUAUUUGCCCGGUGCUUUGGUGCUUGCGCAAUCUCUACGAGAUGCUGGCACAACCAAGAAGCUGGCUGCCCUUGUUACGCGGGAUACCGUAGCACCCGAAGUCAUCACCGAGCUCGAGACCGUCUAUGACUACAUCAUUCCAGUCAACACCAUACGCAAUACCCAAACUGCGAAUCUGAACCUGAUGGGCCGAGCCGACUUGCACUCCGCUUUUACCAAGAUCAACCUAUGGCAGCAGACUCAAUUCCGAAAGAUCGUCUACAUCGAUGCCGAUGUCGUCGCUUACCGAGCUCCCGACGAGCUCUUUGACCUACCUCACCCGUUCUCUGCUGCUCCCGACAUUGGCUGGCCCGAUCUCUUCAACACCGGUGUCAUGGCUCUAACACCGAACUUGAGUGACUACCAGGCUAUGUUGGCGAUGGCAGAGAGGAGCAUCUCGUUCGAUGGCGCUGAUCAGGGUCUUAUCAACCUGCACUUCAAGGAUUACAACCGCCUUAGCUUCGCCUACAAUGUUACCCCCUCCGCUCACUAUCAGUAUGUUCCUGCUUAUCGCCAUUUCCAGUCGGGCAUCAACCUGGUUCAUUUCAUCGGUCCCGACAAGCCGUGGUUCCAAGGCAGAAGCUCCACAACUGGAAGUGCGCCCUUUAACGAAAUGACUGGGAAAUGGUGGGCGGUUUAUGACCGACACUACAGUGGAUCGGACAAAACGUCGGAGCUCGUCCAGUUCUUCACUAAGGGAGAAUUCCAGUCUCAUGGCACCACUAAGAACACUUACAUUCUGAAGCAUGGGCAAAAUGGAUAUUCAUCUAGCUCAUCAAGCUGGGACGCUUCAAGGCAUGCUCCCCCAACAAACUCCAGGCCAGAGGCUCAGAACUUACCCACUACGGUGUAUCACAUGUCUCAGGAUACUACUCAAUGGGUCGCGCCUAAGUGGUAUGUUCCUCCUAGGGAGCCUGGUGCGCCUCCCAUGAAACAGAUAUUCCCUUGGGAGACUGAGCGAUCUGCACCUACUCGUGUGUUCGCUGAAGAUUACCCCCAGGAGCCUGAGGAGGAACCUGAGGAGGAAGUUGAAGAGGAAGAGGAGGAAGAGGAAGAAGAACCGCUGUCUAGCGGCGCACAAACCCCUACCGGUGGAGCGUGGAAUGCGCCUUCGGUUACAGAUGCGUCCACGGAUGAUCAGAGGAGCGAGCUUGUCACACCAACUACUCCAACCAUGCAUGCCAUACCAAACACAUGGAACUCGUUUACUAUGACCAAUGCCUGGGAUGAUGUACCAGAGAUUGAGCGGUACGUUGACAAGAUACAGAGGCACAAGCAGAAGCCGAGCCUAAAAUCUUUGCCUGGCGUCGUAGGGUUGCAGCAUUCUGCUGAACAACCUGAGGCUACUCAACGUAGGCGAGGAAGCAAGGUGACAGAUUUCCCUACCGAAGCCGAGCGUCCCAGCCUGCCAGUUACUCCAGCGCCCGUCCGCCGGACAUUCUGGGAUAGUGGCGACAAUGUUCACGGUGGUAACGAUAGCAACCCGCAGCUACCGGCUGCACAAGGUGUGCCGGCGCAGUCUGAAUGGGACCCUGCAGCCAAGCUCCAGGAACUGUCUCAGUGGCACGAUGCAUUGCUACAGAAGCUCAGUGGUGAUGGCAAAGGCAGCGGUGAAUUUCCCCACGAUCACAUCGCGCAAUCGGCUACGCUCGUGAGCCCGAAGCCAGUCAAAGGCGGCGCUAAUCCUAAUGCAAUUCACAGCCUGGAGUCAAACUUAGAGACGCUUCCUCGAAUUAUUACGACUGGAAAUCGUAAGUCGAGAGGUGUGACACCCAUGCUCGCGCCUAGCUACUCCGGUCCUGGAGCGGCGUUCGAGAAGGGCGAGGGUAUUCCCACCGAAGACAUGCCUAUUCCACGGGGCGCUAUCUCUCAGCAUCCGGCAGCAGUGAGACACUCCGGCGUCCUCCAACCGAGCUACUCAGGCCCCGGCCCCGCAUUUGAGAAGGAUGCAAAUUUACCAUUUGAGUUAUCGGCGGGACAGUAGUUUAGACAUACCACAUCGAGGUCCCAAUAAGCCUAAUAUGGCUUCUCUUCCUUGGGGUUGGUAUGGUCAACAUUGAGGCUACAAGAGGUCCGACGAGGCUCAUCUAGCUAG